AUGUCUUACCAUCUUUACAUAACCGCCAGAAACUAUUCGUCCUGGUCCCUCCGGCCAUGGCUGCUCAUGCGCCAGCUGGGCAUUCCUUUCGUCGAGGAGUUCGCCCCGCUCAUCAAUGGCUCGUAUCGUCAGCCGCACUGGAAAGAAUUCUCCCCCUUAGCGCACAUGCCGGUGCUGCAUGUCCUCCCAGACACCGCGUCUUCUGAAGAGGAGAAACUCAUCCUCUGGGAAUCCAUCGCCAUAGUCGAGUUCCUCGCCGAGGAACACCCGGACAAGACCGUCUACCCCACGAACAAGGUCGCCCGCGCCUGGGCGCGCUCGGCCGUCGCCGAGAUGCACGCCUCGUUCACGACGAUGCGGCAGGAGAUGGGCAUGAACGUCGGCGUGCGGGUCGAGCUGGGCCCGGCCGCGUUCAACGAGGCGCUGGUCAAGGACCUGGCGCGGAUCGACGAGCUCUGGUCCGAGGGGCUGAGGCGGUUUGGCGGGCCCUUCCUGGCCGGGAAGGAGUUCACGGCUGUGGAUGCGUUUUAUGCGCCCGUCGUGUUGAGGUUCCAGACGUACCUCGGGGCGCUGGAUAGGCUGGGGGAGGAGGCUAAGGGGUAUGUGGCGAGGAUGAUGGAGCUAGAGCUGUUGAAGGAGUGGGUGGAUGCUGCGCUGAAGGAGACGGGACGGGAGGUGGUUCAUGACGCCGAGACUUGGGAGGGGGAGGGGAAGCGGCUGGUUGCGGACCUGCGAGCGACUUGA